AUUAUUAUUAAUUGAUGGUUAAGCUAUGCUGCUAUACGACUUCACAAUCUUUACAUUUCCAACAAGAAUAAAUAAUAAAAUAAAUAACCAAACGAAUUUAGUUGGCAGUUCCAUCGUUAUCGGACCGGUCAUGACAAUGAACGUGAAAUAAAUUUCGGAUUUUCGAAUAUGGUGGACAGACGAAGUUGUUUACACCCGAUAUUCCUUUGUCUUUCCCUAUUGUUUAUGGUGUGUUUUUCUGCAGAUGAAGAUAGUUACGCAGGCAGUAAAUGUACAAAUUCGGGGAUCCCAGGCAUAUGCCAGGAGGUGUACGAUUGCCCUAUAGCCAUCGAAUCCUUGAAAAAAUGGCACAAGCACGAACUCAAGAGGUGCGGUUUUAGGGACGUCGUCGAGAUCGUUUGCUGUCCCACAUUGGAGACCAAAUCGCCGACACUGAGCGGACAAGAACGAUUCAACGGAAUUGAGUUCAACGACUACGGCGAUGACAAUGAUGCUGGAGAGGGUAGAGUUGGAAUAAGAAAAUCUCUUCAAGCUUGCAACUUCCUGGGCAAUCAAUCUACGCGAGUGGGAAUCAUUUUCCAUAUCAUCGACGGAGAAGAUGCAGUGGAAAAGGAAUUUCCGCACAUGGCAGCCCUGGGCUACGACACGGACGAUGGGCUGAGCUGGGACUGCGGGGCUUCCGUCAUCUCGAACCGCUUCCUGCUCACCGCAGCACAUUGCUUCGCUAGGAGCCACGAACUCAAGAGGUGCGGUUUCAGGGACGUCGUCGAGAUCGUUUGCUGUCCCACUUUGGAGACCAAAUCGCCGACACUGAGCGGACAAGAACGAUUUAACGGAAUUGAGUUCAACGACUACGGCGAUGACAAUGAUGCUGGAGAGGGUAGAGUUGGAAUAAGAAAAUCUCUUCAAGCUUGCAACUUCCUGGGCAAUCAAUCUACGCGAGUGGGAAUCAUUUUCCAUAUCAUCGACGGAGAAGAUGCAGUGGAAAAGGAAUUUCCGCACAUGGCAGCCCUGGGCUACGACACGGACGAUGGGUUGAGCUGGGACUGCGGGGCUUCCGUCAUCUCGAACCGCUUCCUGCUCACCGCAGCCCAUUGCUUCGCUAGGAGCGUGCGUCCGGCCAGGGCUAGGGUCGGGGUCACGUGGUUGAACGCGACCAACCCCCAGGACGUGGACAUCCUGAACAUAACCACGCACCCAAGCUACGACCCCACGUCCAAACACGACGAUAUAGCGCUGGUGGAGCUAAGAGACAAUUUGACGUUCAGUGACAGCGUGUACCCGGCCUGCCUUUAUCAGGGGAAUGACGACCCUCUGGGACUGAUCGUGACCGGAUGGGGAAAAACCUCCAUUGGUAACGAGGACGACAGGAGUCUUCUCCUUCAGAAGGCGAAACUUUCUGGAGUUCCAAUCGACCAGUGCAAUACAACGUAUGUGACGAGGUCAUUGGGAAGCAGGACAAUUUUGUCAACGCAGCUAUGCGCAGCUGGAAAGAGAAGUGACGCUUGUUGGGGCGAUUCAGGAGGUCCUAUACAAAUCCGGGAGAAAACCGGAACCUACUCAAUUGUUGGGAUAAUCUCGUAUGGAGCAGGAUGUGGCGGGAGGGUACCUGGUGUCUACACGAGAGUAUCAAAAUAUCUAGAUUGGAUCGAAAAUAUAGUUUUUAGGUGAAAUAAAAUACGUGAAAAAGCA